GCGUCGUAUCGAGUACGGUCGCUUCUCGUGGGCCGAGCCGGUCUCCGCUCACCCAGCUGAGCCGUUAACGUUGCCAUUUCGUGCUUUUCUGGCAUGGAGGCCGAGAGCGGAGACCGUGCUGCUGGAGCUGACAGGCAGGGAGGGGAGGGAAUUGAAGGAGGAGCGGGCAGCUGCCGCCGCUCUACCGGGGUUGUUUUCACCCGAAAGCCCGCUGACUCGGACGGGAAAAUGUCCUUAGGUCGUCUGGCAGCUCGAUUUUAGCCUUUAAUCUAGUCGCCCAGGCUGUGGAUAAAAUAAAUUGACCGGUGAGAGACAUCCGGCGGGUUGUUGGCAUGCGGAAAUCGUUUCCUCGUCAGUGGCCAGCAGACAGAAAUGCCCAGUGUGGCGGUUAAACCCACCUACCUACACCUGACCGGAGCGGAGAAAUGUCGCAGAUGUUCACCAUGUCCAGCCGAGGAGGAAAGAAGAAGUCGACCAAGACGUCCCGGUCCACCAAAGCCGGGGUCAUCUUCCCUGUGGGACGCAUGCUGCGCUACAUCAAGAGGGGUCUGCCCAAAUAUCGCAUCGGGGUGGGAGCUCCCGUCUAUCUGGCUGCUGUCCUUGAGUAUCUUACUGCGGAGAUCUUGGAGUUGGCAGGUAACGCAGCCAGAGACAACAAGAAGGGUCGCGUCACACCACGACACAUCCUGCUGGCCAUUGCCAAUGAUGAGGAGUUGAACCAGUUGCUGAAAGGUGUGACUAUCGCAGCAGGUGGAGUCCUGCCCAACAUCCACCCAGAGCUGCUGGCCAAGAAGAGAGGAGCAAAGGGAAAACUGGAGACACCCGUCUCACCUGCCCCCGAGAAGAAACCCAAGCCGGUCAAGAAAUCAGUCACCAAGAAACUGAGUGGGAAAAAGACAGGAGGGAAGGCUAAGAAGCAGGGUGAGGUGAGCAAGGCGGCGUCGGCAGACAGCACCACAGAGGGGUCUCCAGCCGACAGCUUCACUGUGCUCUCCACCAAGAGCCUCUUCCUGGGUCAGAAGCUCAACCUUAUCCACAGCGAGGUCAGUAACUUGGCUGGCUUUGACGUGGAGGGGGUCAUCAACCCCACCAAUGCUGAACUUGAACUUAAAGAUGAUCUAGGCGCUGCUCUGGAAAAGAAGGGAGGGAAGGAGUUCACCGAAGCGCUGCAGGAGCUGAAGAAGAAGAACGGCCCUCUGGAGGUGGCUGGCGCUGUGCUGACCGCUGGCUUUGGUCUACCUGCUAAGUACGUCAUCCACUGCAACAGUCCAGGCUGGGGCUCUGACAAGUGUGAGGAGAUGCUGGAUAAGACGGUGAAGAACUGCCUGGCUCUGGCCGACGAGAAGAAGCUCAAAUCUGUGGCUUUCCCCUCCAUUGGUAGUGGGAGGAAUGGUUUCCCAAAGCAGACGGCGGCCCAGUUGAUCCUUAAGGCCAUCUCCAGCUACUUUGUGGCCACCAUGUCUUCCACCAUCAAGACCGUCUACUUUGUGCUGUUUGACAGCGAGAGCAUCGGGAUCUACGUGCAGGAAAUGGCUAAGCUGGAGACGAGCUAAGAGUUGGGAGUAGCCCCCUCCUUGUCCCGUUCUGCCCCACACCCACUCUGUUUUUGUUUUUCCUGCGAGGAAACAGGAAGGUGUUUAUUAGUGAUUUGUUAAAUAUGAAGAGAAGAAGAUAAAGAAGAAUCUUUCUAUAGGCCGGGAACUUGUUUUUGCAUUAUGUUUAUAUUUUUCCUAUAUUGUUUUUAAUUUCUUAUUUACUUGUUCACCUCUGGCGUUUAAAUGUAAACGUGCAUUGUAUAUUCGGCAGUCUUUUAAUACAAACAGUGCGACACAAAACAGGUUGAACGAAUGAAAAGACUCACUUUUAAGAUUUAAUUUUCACGGUAUAUACGGUAAAAGAUGUUACGAGAGAUAGAAACACCUCAAUUACCAGGCUUCCAGAGAAGUCCAGUGAAAUACGGGUUAAUGCAUGUAAUGGCAGUAAAGAUAGUAAAAAAAAAGAACAGCUAUUCUCUUUGUUUUGGUCUCAAAAACACAAUACACUCAAUUCAGUGUAUUUUUUGUGUGCGUUUUGGAGCAUCUCUGUUGUUAAUAGUACUGUAUAAUGAAAGGGUGAAGCUUAAAGAAAAGUUUGGGCCUUGGGAGACUAAUGUGACUGAACUGUGGAAAGGGUUUUUGUUUUUGUGUUGUGUGUUGCUAAUGUUUGUGUUUGCAUUUGUUCACAUGGGCAAAAACUUGUUUUCUUGUGUGCUGCAGAGACCUCAAAUUCCCCCCCCCCCCCCAAAAAAAAAUCAAAUACUUUUAUUAUAUACUCAUCCUAGUAUUGAUGUCAUGAGUUUAUACUGUAAGCUGAAAGCUGUUGGUUGUCAUUUACAGUAAAAAAAAUUAAUCAGUUUAUGACAAAAUGGUAGAACUGGAGGUUGGAGGUUUUUGCAGGGCACGAACAGGUUUAUAUUGUGUGUUCUUAUGAGUGUUUAUAUAGAUGGAGUAUUUGUGAAAUGUUAUAGUAUAUAGAUUUUUAUUUUCUAUUUUAAUUUUCACACUGAUUCUAGGCGCAGGCGAUUUGGAAGCAAAAUAGAAAAAAUGUUAAGAGAGAGUUUUUAUUUUGUGUGUGUUGUCUUUGUUAAGCCAUAAAACAUUUUUGCUGGAAA